AAAACCUAGUUAUGUCACCAUCUUCUCUGCACAGGUCACUCUCUAAUAAACUAACUCCGUUGCUUUCUAAGCUCUCUGCACAACUUAACUGAUAAUCGAUGGCAAAUAACUCACAGAGUAGCAGCAAGAACCAGGAGAAGAAGAAGAAAGGAAACAGAGUGUGUGAGAAGAUCUUCAGAGCAGUGACGAGUCCUGUCCGAACCGUUCGCCGCAUCUCCACUAAACCUUCACCGAAUCAACACCACGAAGCAGAGGUUAUCCGCGUUAGAUUCUCUGGAACAGCCAAACCCGUUACAAACAUUGAGCAGAAGAAGACGCUGAUCACUCGAGUGGAGACGACGCUGAAAACGGACGAGAGGUUCACCGACUAUAUAAAGAAAGCGAAGCUAAAGAUAGGGGCAAUGACAAUGAACGAUGAUGUGCCGGAUACAAGUGAAAAAGAGACACGUGAUCAUCACCCCCACCAUGUACCUAUCUCUCGUGUGUCGAGAGAGAGCAGCAGUGGGAGAUCAUCAGAUCGUUUCUCUGAGUACAUAAACAAGGCGAAGAUGAAGCUCAGGUCAUCUUCUACCAUCGUUCGUGCGAACACAACUCACAACUCUUUCAAGUACUGAUGAGUUUCGACAGCUUUCUAUGAAUAAUCUUGGUCUUGGCUUGCAAUAUUAUAAGAUAUCGAUUGUGAAAUAUGUUAUGAGUUUGAAAAAUUAUGUUAUCGUAAGAAGGAAUCCCAUUGUAUUGUUGAACCCCAUAUUGUAAUAUUUGAUGAAAAAGAAAAAAGAUAAAAGAAAAGGUUUGUUGCCA